AUGACGAACAUGUCGGAAGCCAAGUAUGUCCUUUAUGACAUCGAGAAGUACAAGCGUGAUCAUGGCACAAGAUGGAUGCUCGAGACCUACAAGAAGACAUCUGCCGUAGGAGGCCCUCUUGACCUGUCCCAAUUCGACCCCGGUACAGCCCAUGUUUUGUGGGAAUGCCAGCAGCCGGUCUGGCUAAGAUUCGGCCUUGUAAUAUUCCGCGCUGUACACAGGGGUGGUGAUAAUGUGCCGCCUGGAUUUGUCCUUGGUAUUGUGGCAAAAGAGGAUUUGGAUCUCGAGGGAUGGAAGAUUAUUGACCUCUGGAUCCAAGAGGAUCAUUUGUAUAUUGAUAUCGAACUAGAUGUCGAUGCCAUUGCUGCUGUUAAUGGGGAUGUUGAAGAUUAUCUAGAGCCGGCAGGAUAUUCACGGUUGAGGGAUGCUAGGCUAUCUCGAGGGCUGCAUAAAAAUCCCAACUCGUUCGUGAUGGUAUUAACAUUCCUGGAUGGUAUCCCACCAAUGCCCAGAAACUGGAUGCUUCCUAGUGAGACACAACUCCCGGCCCCAAGGACUCGAUCGCCCCAACAACGAACCUCUCUAUCAUCCACCAAUCAAAAUUUUGAAGAUCGAUCCAUUACACCAGCCUAUUCAUCGGACGAGUACGAAGCAGAUAAUUCAGCAUCUCCCUCAAGUGUCGCAUCCGAUCCCGAGCAGGUUAUGGAAGACUACUCCGAUACUUUCCCUUUUGCUGAGGACAAUUUAACAGUUAUGGCCGACAAUGAAGAAAGGCUUGCUGCUAGAAUGGAUGCUGAGUAUCGUCUGACGCGCGGUACUAUGAAUCCUGACCAAGCCACUUUCCAAGACGGUGAAAACAAUGCAAGCGCUGGUGACAAUCCGGACGACUCCGCUGGUUACUCUUCGGGUGCGGCCUUGAGGGACCUGCUCGGACUGGAUGGACAACGCACCUUCACUAUGCCUAACAACGAGGGUCCCAUUAGAAAUGCCGCGGCGUCAGCUGAUUCUGCAGGAAGCGAUCCACCCAGCCGCUACAGGCAUAACUCCGCCGGAAACAAUAUAUUCAGCGAGCCUGUUCAUCACUCUACAAAUGAAAUGGAGCCGCAAUUACCCACCCACUUGGCCGAAACCGAGACCACAGAGGCCGCCCCGCUGUAUAUCGAUUCUGAUGGGUCUUCACCCCCAAGGCGGAGGGCUAAGGAUCUUGGAGAGUACCUCGGUGUUUUUCAGAAGCCACUCAAGAAAUCUCAGCACACACCUUCGCAAAGUUCAUCAUCCGAAGAAAGCAUAAAAGGAUCGGGAUCUAAGUCGAAGUUUCUGCCUGGGAUGUUCAAAGGUAAGGAAAAGCCUAACUCUGCUUCCACUUUGUCUUCCGAGGGAGGUGCCACUUCACCUCGACGUCUGGUGAAGACUCGACCCGCUCCUACUGGAAAUAAAUCGGGAGCCGCACAAGGUGGAUCCUUUAGUCGUGCUACCGGUCCUGGCUUAGCCAGGAGUGAAAACAUUCUCGCAGGAUCAAUAGGAAGAGCUACUAGGACUAUCGCCAAUGAGGACGUCGAUCAUGGGCCCAAUACACCAGCACUAGCCUCCCCAGCUGCCUCUGGGACCCGUCGUCGCCGCAGAGGUGGGAACCGGGAUAGCGCUGAGACAGUCAACCAGGAACAAUAUAGGAACAGUAGCAACUUAGUCAACCGUGAAUUUCAAAAUAAUAAUUCCGCUCCAGUCGCUUCAGCCACCAGAAAUGCAUUCUCCACCAGUUCUACCCCCUCCAACCCGCUCCCCACCAAUACACAGAACGGCGCCGGCGUAGCCGCCGUUCAGACUCCCACUAUUGUCUCACGGGUAUUCCCAGCUGAUAGCUGGCAGGCCAGAGUGAGGGGAAACUACAACACCAAAGUCGAUCAGGCCGAGGAUGACUACGAGGCUAUCGCGGAAAUCGAUGAAUUCGAAGAAGCCAGGAGAGUGGAUGAGGAGAGAGAAAGGACUAGAUGGUACUGGCAGACAAGAGGUUAA